AUGUUUUCCUGUUUCGUUUUGAUCUUAAUUGUUCUUUUAAUAUUAAUUUAUUAUAAAUUAACAUAUAAAUCCAAAGAAAUCUAUGAGAAAUUACGUUCACAAAACGUUCCUGGUGAACCUUUUGUUCCAAUAUUUGGUCAAAUCAAAGAAUUUCGAAAAUAUUUUCAGUUAGACAAACCAAUGGAAUAUCAAAUUGAUUUACAAGGCAAAUAUGGCGAUUUAUUUGUCUUCUCCAUGGGUCCUUUUGUUACUCUUGUGAUCAUCGAUGCUGAUCUCAUUUGUGAAAUUUUAACAAAGAAAAAUUCGUUUUAUACGAAACCACAAUUAUUCCGUAAUCAAUUUAGUCCAAUUUCAGGGAAAUGUAAUUUAGUCUUAGCUGAAGGAGAAAUUCAUCAACAUUCAAGACAAAUGUUAAAUCCGGCAUUUCAUUAUGCAAAUUUACAAUUUUUAACUUCAAUUAUGUCAGAAGAAACAAUGAAAAGCAUUGAACGAUGGAAAGAGAUCUAUGCGAAUGAAUAUUUUGAUAUUCAAAUUGAACUUCAUGCUCUAUCUUUCGCAAUUAUUUGUUCAUCGUCAUUUGGAAUGAAAAUGACAAAUGAUUUAACUAAACAAAUGUGCCAAAUGUUCAAAGAAGGUUUUGAUGCGGUUUAUUAUCGAACGAAUCAUUAUCCGAUAAUACAAAUUCCACUUCUAAAUCAAUUACCAAUCUUAAAAAAGCCUAUUUUAGACAAAAAUGCCAGAAUUUUCCGUCAACUUGCGAAGAAUAUGGUGCAAAAACGCAAAAUUGAUAUGCAAAAUGCGAAUUUCGAACAAAAUGAUCUGUUAAAUAUUUUAUUUACAAUCGAAGAUGAAAAAGGGGAGAAAUUAAGUGAUGAACAGAUUGAAAAUGAAGCCAUUGCGUUUAUUAUCGCUGGUCAUGAAACAACAGGAUCACUUCUUAUUUGGACUUUAUAUCUUCUUCUGACAAAUUCUCAAAUAUUCAAUGAUUGUCGAAAUGAAAUUGACGAAGUUUUAAAAGGAAAAAUACCGGAACAUGAAGAUUUGAUUCAUCUGCCAAUUCUUGAUGCGAUUAUUCAAGAAACAUUAAGAUUAUAUCCACCGGUGUCAAUGGUUAUGCGGCAAUGUAUUGUUGAACAUAAAAUUUCCAAUGAACAAUUAACAAUUCCAGUUGGAACGGGAAUUUUAUUCAAUUUUUAUAAUUUACAUCGAUCGGAGAAAUAUUGGAAAGAUCCAAAUACAUUUGAUUAUCAUCGAUGGAUGAGAAAUUCCAAUGGUUUCAAACCGAAAUUAUCUCAUCCAUUUGCUUAUCUUCCAUUUUCAGCAGGAAAUAGAAAUUGUAUUGGACAAAAUUUUGCUCUUAUUGAAGCGAAAAUUAUUAUGAUUUUAUUAAUUCAAAGAUUAAAUAUGGAAAUUGAACCAGAACAAAAGAUUCUUCCAACUCAUCGAAUUACAUUAAAACCAAAAUAUGGAAUUCGAGCCAAAAUUCAACAAAGAAAUUUCUCAGUCGAAACAAACUGA